AUGAGUAGGAACCUCACAUCUCCUUGGCUUCCACCUUUUGGUCUGAGUCUAACGCAACCGCCUCCGACAUGCUUUCUAGGCGCUACUGACUUAGUGGGAACAACGGUUGUACCUGGAACUGGACCGUCCAUUCCCCCAUCAUUCCAACUUACCCCACAGCUACAUGCGCCACCACACGGCAUGUUGGCGCCAGCACUGCCCAGAUUUAAUCCCUACGAGCCACCUCCCAUCGUGCCCCCACCCUCUCCCUUGAAAUCAGGUUCUUCCGAUUCCAAGUCAACUGCCGCUCCUUCCCCGCGAAAUCGGCCCACUUUGCAUACUUCAAGUUCGGAAUCGAAUUUAAGACCUCAUAGAGAUGCAUCCAGAAGUAAGCAUGUUCCAUCUGGCGACUCACGUCCUGCGGAGCCUGUUCGUUACACUAGGAUAACAUGCGCCUCUGCCCCUGGCUAUUAUCGCUUCGACUACACAACCGGUUGCUAUUGUGCAACUACGCGUUUGGUUGAAUUGGAGGACCGCUUUUGUUCUGAAGUUUUGGCGCGUCGCCUCCGUGCGACUGCAGGUCAGCCGGAACGAAAGCCACUGGACAGGCGCGCUUGGUUAGAUCCGAGUAACCACAAACCCAAACGCAGUGCAUCCAAAUCGGAGACUAGACGCCGUAUGGAAUUUAUUGCCGAUAACGGAGACAAUUUUAUUACCUCAACUGAUUGUCUCCUCUCAUCUAGUGACUCUGACGUAGAAAUUUCGUCAUCUUCCUGUUCUUUCGCUGGUUCACGCAAGCCUCGUUUCUCAUCCUCCGCUAGCGCGUCGUCGUCUUUGGGUGAAUCCGGCGAGACUAUCCAUUCCAAAUAUUCCAAUAAGAAUCGCAGAAAACACAAGGCCUCUGCUCGUUUUAAAAACUGCCCUGAGGAAUGUAACUUACCGACAGAUCAUCCUGAAGCAUGCGUGCUUGGCAAUCGCCUCGGCGACGGCCAUUCGAUCGGACAGCGCAGCGUUCGUCAACAACGUGAGGUGGCGUACAAACUGUCCCAUCCCAAUCGGUUGCACCCUGACAUCUGGCACAACGAACCACAUGAAUUCAAUGAUGGUCCGGCUUGUUCUUGCAAACCCAAGUAUCGAAUUGGUCCUCUUCACAACCAAUACGAAGGCGAAAUGAUGAUCCCUCUGUGCGAACAAGAAUCAAACAAUCGAGAUCGCCUCUACCACUAUCGUAUCAUGGUCUCACCGGCCACCAAUUUCAUCCAACCAAACCCAACAACGAUACCAUUCAACGGACAAGAGUACACAUUUGAUGGAUUUUCACUUUUCCUUCAUUACAAACUUAACGACCCUUCUCCGUGCCAAAUAUUGCGUUUUAAUCUUCUGUACGAUAUUUUUCCAGUUGAAGAGGAUUUUCCAGAGCUUUUCACCGUUCGCUCAUUGGACAUAUUGACACAAUAUCUCUUCACUGAAUUACUUGAACUACUGGAUCUUUCUUGGAAGCCAUACGGUGUAACGGAAGGAUGUCCGGUGGUGCAUCUUAUGCCUCGUUUCGUCCGUACACGGGACACGUCACUCGCAGGGUCUGCCUCGACAGAGGGAGCCUCGUCUGAGAACAUUGGUGAGAUGUUACCAUCAAGCGUAGUCCUCGAAUACCUGCUGCAAGAGGCCCUUACUCCGGUGAUUGAUACCUUAGAGUUGGCUUCCAUUCAGCGUUUUAACUCUUCCCAGUGGUCCAGUUAUAUUGCUCCUCUCCGUGGGACUUUGACGACGUUUCCCGGCAAAAAACCAUCUACUAUCCGAAUCGAUCAGCUAGAUCGUCGUUCUCUGGCGGGUGAACCAGCGUCCGGAGUGCUCAUAUAUCCGCUCAUUGUCCACAUGACUUACACCCCGAUGAAACUGAGCCUCACUCGUGAACCCAAAUACAAAUGUGUGCUGAAAAACUUCAUGAAGCUGCAGUACCUCAUGAUGAACAAACCACGCAUCAGUCCAGCUGAUAGAGCUCAGUUAGCUCAGUUGGCAAACGAGCUCGAAUCUAUGGAACAUUCUGGGGUUCAUCGGCGUGAAAUCACGGUUGAAUUAAGCUGCGAGGGCUUCUAUCGUACUGGAAUUCGCCCAGAUGUCUCGCAACACGCACUCAAUCUAGUCUCACUAAUUUCCCAUUUGCGGUUUCACAAGUCUUUGGGAAGUCUGGAAACGCGGUUGGGUUAUGAAUUUAAGGACAAGUCAUUACUUCACCAAGCUCUCACACAUCCGUCGUACCGACGCACUAAUUUCGGCACGAAUCAGGAUCACUUUCAGAAUUCGCUUGUCAGCUGUGGACCACGAAUAAUCGAGUAUGGGGACAAACUCCAGUUAUACAAGGCUUGGCGCAAAAAGGGGCUGACGAAGAUGAUCCAGGUCAUGUCGGUGUUACCCAAGAUGCAUGAAGAACGCUCGAAUAUUUACGGCAACGAGCGGCUGGAAUUCCUUGGUGAUGCUGUAAUUGAAGUGAUUUCUAGUAUACACUUGUUUUUCAUGUUUCCCGAUCUCCCCGAGGGGAACCUGGAUGCCUAUCGCCAGGCCGUGGUGCAAAACCAACAUUUGGCUGAAUUGGCUGUUCGACUCGGAAUUCACAAGUUCCUGCUAUACACUCAUAGUGUAGACUUUUGCUACGAUUCCACGUUCAUCUACGCCCGGUCGGACGCUUUUGAAGCGUUGAUGGCCGCUAUCGCUUUGGAUGCUGGCCUGGAUGUUGUGGAUCGCGUAUUCGGUGCCGUGCUGUUCGGUGAUGAGGCUCGGAUUCAUCGUGUUUGGGUACGCAUUCCACCGCAUCCGCUUCAGGCCCAGUUUCCAAACGGGGAUCGAUCAUGGGCUGCGAAUGUUCCCAUGCUAAAGAAACUUCCAGUUUUGGAGGAACGUCUGGGUAUCACUUUCAAAUGUCUCCGUUUGUUGGCUCGCUCAAUGACUAUACGAAAGACUGGAUUCAACUUUUACACACUGGGGGACAACCAACGCUUGGAGUUUUUGGGCGAUUCGUUACUCAAAUAUGUCUCAACUGAUUAUCUGUUCCGCCAUUUCCCACGCCACCACGAGGGACAUUUAUCGCUACUUAAGAACUCGCUGGUGAACAAGUACACCCAGGCCGCAGUUUGCUCGGAACUCGGCCUUGAUCAGUUCGUGAUUCGGCGCGAAGACAACAAUUCGGAGAAGGGAUGUGCGGAUGCACAGCUCGCUAUCGGAAGUGCUCAGAGCGCAGCAAAUGCUCAAACCCAAAACGUGAAAUAUAAAGCUGAUUUGUUGGAAGCCUUCAUUGGAGCACUGUUCGUGGACAAGGACCUGGUGUGGGUGGAACGCUUCUGCCAAGUUUGCUUCUGGCCACGUCUGGUGGAAUUCAUACUUAAGCAGGAGUGGAAUGAUGCCAAAUCGAAGUUGCAACAGUGCUGCUUAACAUUCCGUUCACUGCACGAGGACCCGGAGAUUGCACACUACAGAGUCUUGAGCUAUAGCGGUCCAACCAACCAACGAACCUACUCGGUUGGGGUGUUCUUCCGCGGUCAGCGUUUGGCCACCGGCACAGGUCGGUCAGUACAACAGGCACAGAUGGAAGCAGCCAAACGUGCUUUGGAGAUACACCAAGACGCGUUCCGCCAGCUCGAUUUUCAACGCUCCGUCAUUUCCAGGCGCUACCGACAGCCGUACAUCGACAAGAUGUUGGAUCAUGUGCAGAAAUGGGAUGAGCGUUUGGUGGACUACUUCAUUGAGGGCAAUAAUAGCGGUCCUGAACCCUCUUCUUCCAGUCGACCAGCAAUUAAACGCGACACAGCAAUGUCCGACGGGACCGAUGACGUUAUGGACUUGUUCAAGCCAAACCAACCCAAUCGGCCUCCACCGUUAAAACAGACGAGCCCGUCAUCUAAUACUUCCGGAGCCGCUCUUAAACCGCAACACAAACGUGCCCGCAAUCACGAUGAAAUCUCUUCGACUGAGUUCUUUCACCCAGGUGAGCUGCAAUGUGAUUUGAAUCCCAAGGAGGCCACGCACCUAAAAGCCGAGGUUCCUGCGGAGUUGAGUGAGGAUGAUGCCAUGGAGGUGGACUCUGAUUCCGGAUCCUCAUCUUCCAUACAAACUGAUGGCGCAUGUGUUUUGCCAAGUGGAACUCUCGCAGAUUUGCUCAGAGCCAGAAGAUGA